AUGUCUUCCCUCUCUCGUCGUGCCUGCUAUAAGUGUGGCAAUGUUGGCCACUAUGCCGAGGUUUGCUCUUCCGCCGAGCGCCUCUGCUACAACUGCAAGCAACCCGGCCACGAGUCCAACGGUUGCCCUUUGCCCCGCACCACCGAGGCUAAGCAGUGCUAUCACUGCCAGGGACUCGGCCAUGUUCAGGCUGACUGCCCAACCCUGCGUCUGAGCGGCGCUGGCACCAGUGGCCGCUGCUACAACUGCGGACAGCCCGGUCAUCUUGCGCGCGCGUGCCCCAACCCCGCCGGCGUCAACAUGGGCCGAGGUGGCCCCCCGGUUCCCCGUGGCGGAUACGGCGGCUACGGCCGUGGUGCCUUCACCGGUGGUCCUCGUCCUGCUACCUGCUACAAGUGCGGUGGUCCCAACCACUUUGCGAGAGACUGCCAGGCUCAGGCCAUGAAGUGCUAUGCUUGCGGCAAGCUUGGCCACAUCUCUCGUGACUGCACCGCUCCCAACGGUGGUCCCCUCAACACUGCUGGCAAGACUUGCUACCAGUGCGGCGAGGCCGGUCACAUCUCCCGCGAUUGCCCCCAGAAGAACACCAACGGCGAAAUCCCCAACGACGUUGAUCUGUCGGCUGCCCCUGGCAUCCCUCAGCCCGCUGUUGCGCCCAUUGCCCCCGUUGCUUAG